AUGAGUAUCGCUUUGCGCUCGGGUAUCUCCAAUAUCUGUAGAAAUAUGUGUUCGAUGAGUGGUGUAGUAGAAAAUACAAUUAGAAGUAAAUUAGUUUCAACAUUAGAAGCCAAACAUUUAGAUGUGAUUAACGAAUCGUACAUGCAUAAUGUUCCCAAGGGUGCUGAAACACACUUCAAAGUUGUUGUAGUGUCUGACAAAUUUGAUGGACUAACACUUAUUAAGAGACACCGUUUAGUCAAUGAUAUUCUGAAAGAAGAGCUACAAACUGGCGUUCAUGCUUUAUCCAUAGUUGCCAAAACUCCUAAGCAAUGGGAGGAGAGUGACAAGAUUGUGGAAAGUAGUCCAAACUGCAAAGGGGGAUUUGGGAAAUAA